CCCCCCGCCGCGCGCUCCCUCCAGACACAAGCAAAGCAAGCACAGAGCGAGCGCGGCGACACACAGUUACGCAACAAGGAGACGCUUACCGAGCCAAAGGCAAGAGCACCGCGCUCCGCCAUCGACGCGCGCGCAGAGCGGCAGAGGCGUCCCUCGACCGACUCGCUUGGUCGCGCGCGCGGUCGUCGAUCGUCGUCGUUCGGGCGACGACCGCUCUCGGCAUUCUGGUUAUUGCUGCGGAUUUCGAGAGGCUUCGGAUCGGAGCUCGCGCGCGGACGGACGGAGCCGUUGUUCAUGGCCGUGGCGGAGCGGUUCGGAGCUCCGUGGCCGCCGUCUCGCUUCUUCUUCUUCUUCGUCGCGGUGCUCCUCGUCCUGCUGCUGACAGAUGGCGGAGUGUCAUGGAUCAGGAGAGCUGAAGCCCUGUCGAUCGGCAUCAACUACGGGCAGAUCGGGGACAACCUCCCUUCCCCGUCCCGGGUGUCGUACCUGCUGCAGUCGAUGCAGGUGAGCAAGGUGAAGCUGUACGACGCGGACCCCUACGUCCUCUCCGCGUUCCUCGACACGGACGUCGAGUUCGUGGUGGGCAUCGGCAACGAGAACGUCUCGGCGAUGGCGGCCGACCCGUCCGCGGCGCGGGCGUGGGUCCAGCGCCACGUGCAGCCGUACCUCCUCGCCACCGGCGACGGCGGCACGCGCCGCCGCCGCAUCACCUGCAUCACCGUCGGCAACGAGGUGCUCAAGGGCAACGACACGUCGCUGAAGGCCGCGCUCCUCCCCGCCAUGGAGUCCGUGUACGCCGCCCUGUCCGCGCUGGGCCUGCAGGGCCGCGUGAACGUCACGACGGCGCACUCCCUGGACAUCAUGGGCACCACCUACCCGCCGUCCGCGGGGGCGUUCGCGCCCGACGUCGUGCCGUACGUGCAGCCGCUGCUGAGCUUCCUGUCCAUGGCGAGGUCGCCGUUCCUCAUCAACUGCUACCCGUACUUCGCCUACAAGGCGGACCCCGGGAACGUGCCGCUGGAGUACGUCCUGUUCCAGCCCAACGCCGGCGUCACGGACGCCAACACCAGGCUCAACUACGACAACAUGCUGUACGCGCAGGUGGACUCGGUGUACGCCGCGAUCCAGGCGCUGGGGCACGCCGCCGACGACAUCGACGUCAAGAUCUCCGAGACCGGGUGGCCGUCGAGGGGAGACCCCGACGAGGCCGGCGCCACGCCGGAGUACGCGGGGACGUACAUCGGCAACCUCCUGCGGAGGAUCGAGAUGAAGCAGGGCACGCCGCUGCGGCCGGCGGUGCCCAUCGACGUCUACGUCUUCGCGCUCUUCAACGAGAACCUCAAGCCCGGGCCGGCCUCCGAGCGGAACUACGGCCUCUUCUACCCUGACGGCACGCCGGUGUACAACGUCGGCCUGAGGGGAUACCUUCCACCCAUGGAUUUUUCACAAGGAACCCGCCGAAAGGCGGUUCGUUUGUUUGCCUUCAUCCUCAUAGCCAUUGCAUCGAUCACUCUCAGCUUAUCCUGAGAGCUGAGCAUAUACAGUUGACUAUUGCGGUAAAGUCGAUGAAGAAAGCGCGGAGACUGAGGGUCCCAGAUAUAUCAACUCCUCGGAGAACUAACAACAUAUUCCAUCAGGGAAGGUUUAGAGGCAGAAAAUUCUCUCGGACUUACACGGCCAGCCGAAAACAGUUGAAGUGAUUUUGAUGGCAUCCAUUAGCCAAUACUCGCUCCACACUGACAGUGAAGUAGAACUAACUGAAGAUUGGGGACGACCGGACGAUACGCGGCCAAUGCACGUAUUGUUAGAUAGGAUUUUUUUUCAUUUAAUUUAUUUUGGAGAUGUCUUCCUUAUUAUGCAACUCGUCAGAAACUGUAUACUUGUAUAUUGGUCAAACAGAUAGGAAAUUAAUUCAGGUCAAGGCUGGCAAUUUUACUAGUUUUUUUAUUUCUCAUUGUUCUUUUGUUUCUUUUUUUCACUUUAUUACAAACUAUGACAAUUGUUUUUUAUGGCAAAAAUUUUUAGAGA